GUGAUGGCUCCUUUAAGAGGCAUCGGCCUGCCGGUUGCCAUGGGGACCAGUGGAUACAUUCUGGGGUGCCGGCAGCAUGCCUGGCAAAGGUGCCAAAAGCCCGGAGCCCGAAGUGCCCGAGGAACCACCUCCACCCCCACCUGAAGCCAAUUCUGAAGCCUUGGAAUUUCUAGCUACAAUCAGUAAAGAAGAAAUUCAGUUGCUCUAUUUCUCUGAGACUCUGAACAUGAUGUCUGAGGCUAACCAGAUUCUGGGGCAGUAUUGUGUGGAUAUAAAGCAAGGGUAUUACUAUAGUUCUGAUGGGGACAUCACUCUCAGUGUCAUGGUGCACGCCACCAGCCGAGGCCAGUUGGAGGAAAUCCCCUGCGGGACCUCUAUCUCAGGCUACGUCUCCUGGAAUUUGGAGACAUAUGAGCAGCAUCAUCAUGAAUUCAUUAAGUUCCUACCACUGUCAACUGACAAGAAGACCACCUUACUGAGGCAGCAAGAAGACAUGCUGAUAACUAGGAUCCUCAAGGAAGGUGAGGAUAUGAAGACAGAAAAGAUAUCGUUCAACCUGAAUAUUAUGGACGGGUUCAUCUCGGAGUCUGCCAACCUGGUCCUGCUAAGGGUGAUGGGGUGGCGACGGAAGGUUCCCCACAAUGCCAAAUUCCUGACCUUUGACGGAGAAGGAAAGCUUUGCCACUCCACCUAUGAAGCCCUGGGCUUCCAAACCAUUCAGCUGGGCUCGGAGCAGGCGGAAGUGUUGGUAGUAGAGCAGACGAUGCAUUCUGAUGAAGACAUCCCCAUGACUUGGCAGUACUAUCUGUUACCUGAUGGGCACUUGGCCAAGAGAAUCCAGGUGGGAUCUCCUUUCUGUUGUGUCAUCAAUAAGAUGCCCAUAAUGAGAGAGGAGGAUGACUUUGAGCCCAAACCAGUGUUUGAAAAGAAACACCUGGAUUGGGAAGAGGACGUUCAGCUCUUUGCCAUAUUCCGAGACCGGAAGGAAGAGCUCCAAGCCAGCCAUGCAACUUAUAUGCGGCAUCACCCAGAGGCCCAGACCCUCAUCUCCGACUUCCUACUCUUCCUGUUGCUUCGCCAACCUUCUAAUGUGGUAACCUUUGCUGCUGAGUAUUUUGGUCCUUUUGCCCGGGGCCGGCCACCACCCCCCCCCUUCCGGUCCUCAAACCGGCCUAGCCCAUUCCGAAGCCCUGGCUCUCUCUGCGUUGGGUACUCUUGGCUAGAAGACAUGCCAGAGCAGUCGUCAGAGGAGAAAACUGAAGAGUCUUCCUCAUAGCCACAGAGAGGCAUGAGUUCUGAAUAGCCGGGCCUCAAGGAAGGUAGAUACCUCCAGAAAAAAUACCCCGGGACUUGAAGGACUGAUGGAGCCCUGGGAGCACCAGAAAGGGAAGGGGGUGGGGGGCAGCAGGGCAAGAGGAAGGGCAGGACUUAGCUGCCAUUUCCUCUGCUAUCAGGCCUCACUAGGAAACCCUAAAUAAGAAUAAACAGGGGACCCUGUUGGCCUCUCCCUCUCA